ACGAUGUUUUGCUGAGAGAGAGAGAGACAGAGACACCCUACACUCAGUUUCCACGGUGACGGCAUCCCUCCCACCGUCCUCCAUCAUCUCUGCAUUCAGCUGCUGUAGAACAGUCUCUGUCGUCAGAAUGGGAGAUAAAGGAACAAGGGUGUUUAAGAAAGCAAGUCCUAAUGGAAAGCUCACAGUCUACCUGGGGAAGAGAGACUUUGUGGACCAUGUUGACCUCGUAGAGCCUGUUGAUGGGGUUGUCUUAAUUGACCCAGAGUACCUGAAGGAGAGAAAAGUGUUUGUCACUCUGACUUGUGCAUUCCGUUAUGGACGCGAGGACUUGGACGUCCUUGGGUUGACGUUUCGGAAGGAUCUGUUUGUGGCUAACAUCCAGGCAUUUCCUCUGCUUCCCGAGGAGAAGAAGAAUCUGACUCGGCUUCAGGAACGCCUGAUUAAAAAGCUGGGAGAACAUGCAUACCCGUUCACCUUCGAGAUUCCUCUGAAUCUGCCAUGCUCUGUCACGCUGCAGCCUGGACCAGAGGACACUGGGAAGGCAUGUGGCGUUGACUUUGAGGUGAAGGCUUUCUGUGCAGAAAAUGUAGAAGAAAAGAUCCACAAAAGGAACUCAGUGCGUCUGGUGAUCAGGAAGGUGCAGUAUGCUCCAGAGAAACCUGGUCCUCAACCAACUGCAGAAACCACCAGGCAGUUCCUGAUGUCGGACAAACCUCUGCACCUGGAGGCCUCUCUUGACAAGGAGAUCUAUUACCAUGGUGAGCCCAUCAGUGUCAAUGUUCACGUCACCAACAACACCAACAAGACCGUGAAGAAAAUGAAGAUCUCAGUGCGACAGUAUGCAGACAUCUGCCUCUUCAACACAGCUCAGUACAAAUGUCCAGUUGCCACUGAGGAGUCAGAUGAUGUUGUAGCUCCCAGCUCAACCUUCUGCAAAGUCUUCACCCUCACUCCGUUUCUGGCCAACAACCGAGAGAAAAGAGGCCUUGCUCUGGAUGGAAAAUUGAAACAUGAGGACACCAACCUGGCUUCCAGCACACUGUUAAGAGAAGGAGCCAAUAAGGAAAUCCUUGGUAUUAUUGUGUCAUACAAAGUCAAAGUGAAGCUGGUCGUGUCUCGAGGCGGGCUCCUGGGAGAUCUUGCGGCGAGUGAUGUCUCCGUGGAGCUGCCCUUCACGCUAAUGCACCCAAAGCCAUUAGAAGAGUUGAUCUACAGAGACGCUCCAGAUGAAGCUCCAAUCGACACAAACCUAAUUGAGUUUGACACAAACGACGAUGACAUCAUCUUUGAAGAUUUUGCCCGCCAGCGUCUGAUUGGAGCAAAUGACAAGGAUGAGGACGAGGAGCCAGUGGACUCACCCAAACUGAACGACAGAUAAAGGCAAGAAGCCUCACCUCUGCUGCUGCUGCUGCUGAUGGAGCUAAUGGUGGUCUUACCACAGUCUGGAUGCCCUCUAAACACUUGGCAGUGCUGUGUAUGUGUUCUCGUUCAUGUUCGUCGUAUCUCUCUGCGUCCUGCCGGGGUGCCAAACCUAGAAUACCACAGCCUAGACAUCAGUUUAGUUUUCAGACAGUGCCAUGCAGCUGACGCAGUGAACUGGCGGUCAAUGUGUUGUAACAACGGCUGGUAGCAUGCCUCACCUUGUUCUACGUGUUUCCAUUAGGGAUGGAACAGGAGUACCGUUGUGUUCAGAUUAGUUAUGAUGUGUUGUAUCAGAGGGUCUUCAUAAACAACAACACUGCCACCCCUGGUUGAUGUGUUCACCACCACAACAUGGACAUCAGCUGACUGAGCUUCAGUGUCCAAGUGGACAAAGCUGCAAAGCGAGGAGAAAAGGUCUGCAGGACCUCCCAACUUGCUGAGUAGACCUUAAGCUAUCAAGAGAGCCACAAAUCAACUCAGAGGAUCCAGUGGCCUCAUUUGCAUGAAACAUGUUAACAUAUGAUUUUUUAAAUUUAAAGAUUUUUCUGCAAGUACAAGUGUCUCUGAAUGCAACAGUCCCUGCUGUAAUUUACAUUUAUUUUUACAAACGCAAGUUUUAUUUGAACAUUUAUUUGAAAUGAGAAUACUUUAUUAGUGUUUGUGUGUGUGUGGUAGACUGAAUGAAUCAUUAUAACAAGAUGAGAAUAAGAAAAACGCCCAAAAUGUCUUUAUUAUUUAUAUUGUUAGCUUUUAUUUUGACAAGGCCUUCGGGAAACUUUAGUUAAGUGCAAAACUUAAUGAUGUGUUUCACUGUUAAAAAGAAUCUGAUACUGAAACUUGUCAAAUGCUAUAAUAAUAAUUUCUACAGUGUAAAACAGACAAUAACUAAAAGUUUGUACUAUAGUAAAACUAUGGUAUUCAGGUGCAACCUAUUUAAGCACAUGGCCAAAAUGAGAUUGAUGAGAUUACUAUGGAUAUUAUUGAUUUUUUAUUUUUUUCAUAGGCAACAGGUACAACACUGGUUUGCUGCUCACUUGUUUUUCAGAAGUACAUUCUGACAUCUAUAGUUCUGUAUUUCCUGGGGUUGUUUUGUAACCCAGACGCUGUUCCGUUUGCCUGUUUUGGUUCUCGUGGUACACUGUCCCUUUAAGAGUCACGGCGGGAAACAGCAAGUGAUCCGGAAGAGAGUGCGUUUGUUUUGCUCACUGGACUGAAUGACGUGGAGACAGCAAACCUUUACCUGUCAGUGUCCAGAUUCAACCUUCAACCUUCUCUCUCUAGUCACAACUUCGUGCGAUGUUUUCCUGCUAGGUGAGCACAUAAUCUUGUACCCAUGUGAUUGUAUUUAUUUGAAAAUAAAUACAUUUUUUUCCUCUGUG